UGUGUGUGUGUGUGUGUGUGUGUGUUUGAAGGGGUGUGAGAGCACAGGAACAAUAGCAGGAGAGACAGACAGGCUGUGUGGAUAUGCUUCUGAUCUUGGGUUUCUCACAUGCUGUGAAGACUGUGUGUCAGACUGCUGCUUCACAUCAGAUAAAGACAAACACUGCUGAUGAGCACUGAUGGACAGAAUCUAUUAAAUCCACUGCUGAACCUCUGAAUCUCCAAGCAAGCGUUCUCGGAAACAAAGAUAGGGACACCGAUACAGAGGCAUUAGAAAAAAAAAUAAAGAUAGGGAAGUAGACAGUAAAUAAAGAAAACGAGGUUUGCCAAAGGAACGGGGCGCAGGACAGGUGGACUAGAGGAUGCAUUCAUGUAUUCUUUGCACGCACUGCCAAGAAGCAUCUCAAAACCUGGAUUGGCAAUUAAUUUUACGCCUUUUCUUUUAUCUGUGUUCGUCAGUCCAUUAAUGUGCUCUAGAGAAACCUUGUAGGUUUCAGAGGAAAAGGAAAUAUUGGGAUUUUUUGCAAGCUAAAACAGCAUGCAGGACCUCUUCUCGUCUCUCUUUUACCUGCCUGCAACCAUUCAGGUGUGCGAGAUGUGUUGAUUUUUUCAGAGGUCAAGCCAAAAGCACUAGUGUAUGUCAAAUUAAUGUUUCUAAGGAGGUGACCUGCUGUGGCGUGGCAUCUUUCCUGAUGUGUCCUGAUGAACCAGCCUUAGAGCAGCAGUGCUAUUGAUUAAAGGUCUUGCCAGAUUUAAUUGCAGAAGAUUUCUGAAGCAAGUGAACAGUGUCUAACAGAAGUUAUUGGAUCAGCGCUUAACUGUGAUUAAACUCUGGCAAGGUCUGUUGCUUGAGAGAUUGACAUUAUUCCUCCAAUGUCUACACUUCCUAACAUUUGGCUUGUGGAGCAAAGACAUUCACAUCGUCCCAGUUCCUAUUGCGAAAAGAUGCAAACUCCUUUUCAUCAAAAAAACAUGUAAUGUCAAUAUAAUUUAAGGACUGUGUGCUUGUACUCUGGAGCUUACUGUUGUAUCACAUUUCUUUGUUGUGUCAGAAGUCUUGUCAAAGUGGGGAUCAUUUGGCCCCUAGGGGUCCGGGUGACUGCCCCGGCUCCGGCCCCCAACCCGAAAAUGCGGCGCUCGAGUACAGAUGAAACCCCAUACCGGCGCAGUCCCUCGCUGGACAGCAAGUCGGGCUCACCUCCUUUGCGUUACAGCAGCGAGUAUGAGUAUCACAGCUCGCCGUUUGUCUUCGGUAUUCGUACCACGCCGGGCUCAAAGAAAGCUAAAGCAAGCUACACCACCGUGCAGGGCAGGAAAUAUGUGGUAUUUUACCUGGAUCUGUCCUUCAUUUUCCUCCUAGAGCUGCGGCGCUGCAGGAUGGCUGAGGGCUGCCUGAGGGCCCUGCGGUAUGGGAUGGUCUUCUUCAACCUGCUCUUUUGGCUGGGCGGUUGUGGUAUUCUCGGAGUGGGAGUUUGGCUCUCCAUCACACAGGGAAACUUCGCCACGCUGUCAUCCUCUCUGCCGUCACUGUCUGCCGCCAAUCUGCUCAUCGCCAUUGGCAGCAUCAUCAUGGUGAUUGGCUGUCUGGGUUGUGUGGGUGCGGUCAAAGAGAACCGGCCGUUACUCCUGAGUUUCUUCAUCCUGUUGCUGCUCAUUUUAUUACUGGAGAUUAUUUUCAUCAUUCUCUUCCUCACUUAUCAAGAUCAGAUCGAUCUGUACGCUCAGAGUGACCUAAAGAAAGGUCUGCAGCUCUUCGGCACUGAAGGCAACAUCGGUCUCACUAACGCCUGGAGUAUCGUACAAACUGAUUUUCGCUGCUGUGGCGUGACCAAUCACACCGACUGGUUUCAGGUGUAUAAUGCCACGCGUGUGCCAGACUCAUGUUGUCUGGAGUACAGUGAUAACUGCGGUCUGGAGAAUCCUGGCACCUGGUGGACAGCUCCGUGUUAUGAGCGUGUCAAGGGCUGGCUGCAGGAGAAUCUCAUCGCUCUGUGGAUUUUUGCACUGUGCACAGCGUUAACACAGAUCCUGGGACUUGUGUUCUCCAUGACGAUAUUUUGUCACGCAGUGAAAGUGGACACGUUCUAUGCAUAGAGACCAGCAGCACCUCACAGGACCAAAUCCGUCAUUCUAUCAUACACAAGUCAGUGUUUAUCGCUGUGGCCAUCGAGCAUAAAGUUUCAUUAACAUACUGCUAUUGACAACGUAAUUUUAUAGUUCACUCAAUUUAAAAGAAUGAAACUAUUCUUUCCAUUUCGAAACUAUUCUUUAAUUGCUCUUUAUUUUGAAUAAUUAAUGGACAAUAUAUUUUCUUGUCCAUGUUUGAAAAACGAAAACAAAUAAAACAUUUAAGAGAUCUUGGAGCGUUAAACAGGGAGAUCAGUAACUAAUGUCACUAUUUUGUACUUGUAUAAUUUCAUAUAAAAACAUAUGCUAUGUAAUACAGCAAUUUAUAUUUAUUCAGAGUGAGUUACCAACAGAUUUAAAGGGCAAGAUAUUAAGAUCACAGUUUUGGAUAUAUGACUUUAUGAAAAUAUGGGCUCAGUCUUUGUUAAAGUAAAGACUUUAUUAAAGGCACAAUUAAUGUAUUAAUACUGAUGUCGGAACAAGCACAACUGUACAGGCUAUUCAUCAGUCAUUUCCCAUCUAGAAUGAGCACGAUUUAAAUAUUUGCUAAUUUACAGUGGCUGCAAGAAGUGUUUGGGCUUCAAAGGUGAAGUGUGUCAUUGAAGUGUGGCAACAAAUGGAGUUGUAGUUUUUUUUUUUAAACAGGUUUUCUAAACAAACUACAAACAGAGUUGUAGUUUUUUUUUUAAACAGGUUUUCUAAACUCUCCCCCAUCUGGUAGCCCCACCUCAAACCAAUGCCAUUGGUCGAGCCAGAGGUUGACAUGUCGAGCUGCUCAAACAAACAGAGCAAUGUUUGAAAGCACCACUGACACUCUUAAAGAAGUAAUCGCUUACUUAUAGUUAACUCUCGGUUAACUCUCUGCCCUGGUUAUCAGUAUAGUUACUUAUAAUUAAUUUCAAUUAAAUUGAGAUAUAGGCAAAUGUUUUAACAUUGAACAAAAUUACCCAAAGCAGCUUUAAAGGUGCACUCAAUAACUUUUGUCUUUGUUUAAUCUUGGACUUACAGUGACACCUAUUGGUGUGAAUGCAGCAUCAUUUAAAAUAUAAUAAAAAUAAAUCAUUUUCCGUUUCAGAUGUAAAAAUGAUUAAAAAAUAUCACUAUUCACAGUCAGCCAUGAUUACUUUAAUCAAUGAGUGAAAGUGUCAAAUAACAGGACAGUUACUGAGAUUAAGCGAGUAGUAUUCGGCUGGACCCCAUGUGCGGACCCUCUCCAUGUAGAAUAAAACAGCUUUUAUAUUGUUUCUACAAAUUUUUAGAUGACAUUUAAGUGACUUGAAUAUCACUGGAUUUUUAUUUAACAAAACAUCAAAGCAAGAGUGAGCUGCAAACAAAUACUGCUGGAUCUUUUCUCAGAACUAACUUCACUUUAUAUGUCAUUUUUGCUCAGUGACUUUGAAUGAACUGGUGUUGUGGUGAUUUUUGGUGGAUGUCUGAAGUCAGUUCUUCUCAAGUUCACACAGGUGGAGUUCAACACACCGACAAACGCAAAGCGGCUUCAUUUUAUGCGCAAUAUCUGUUAGCAUUUCAAAUCUAACAAACUUCUUUUUGUGAAAGGUUUUGGAUUAGGUUUCUUUCAAAUAAAUGACACUUGCUUAAAUAUUUUGUUCUAUAAUGUAAUUAUAUUCAGACAUUUUUAAAUGUCCAAAUAUUUUUUGUUGCCACUGAAUGUUGACUGAUAACCUUAUGUUCAGUCAUGGAAAAAAAUUAAGAUCUGUUAAAAUAAGCACAGCAGGAUGAAAAAUAUUAAAUGUUCCGGGUUCAGUACAAGUUAAGCUCAAUCGACAGCAUUUGUGGCAUAAUGUUGAUUAACACAAAAACUAAUUUGGACUCGUCCCUCCUUUUCUUUAGAAAAAGCAAAAAUCUGUGUUAGUGAGUCACUUACAAUGGAAGUCAAUGGGGCCCAUUUUUGGAGGGUUUAAAGGCAGAAAUGUGAAGCUUAUAAUUUUAUAAAAGCACUUACAUUAAUUCUUCUGUUAAUGUAUUAUUUCAGCUGUAAAGUUGUUUAAAACAUCGUUUUUACAGUCAUUGUAGGGUUUAUGAUGUUAUGCCUUCAUGGCAAUGAUGUUGUAAAAUUGGCUAUAACUUUACACAGAUGCAGUUAGUAAGUGAUUUUAUCACACUAAAAUCAUGUUAACACACAUAUUGUUUACAUCUUGUGUCUAUACUUUUGAAACAGUGAGUAUUUUAAUGUUUACUGAUUGACCCCAUUGACUUCAAUUGUAAGUGUCUCACUGGAACACAAAUUUUUGAUUUGAGUCGAAAUUAAUUAAUCAACAUUAUGCCACAAAUGCUGUCAGUUGAGCUUAAAGGAAUAGUUCACUCCAAAAUGUAAAUUCUCUCAUCAUUUACUCACCCUCAUGCCAUCCCAGAUGUGUAUGACUUUCUUCAGCAGAACACAAAUGAAGAUUUUAAGAGAAGAAUAUCUCAGCUCAGUUGGUCUGCACAAUGCAAGUGAAUGGUGACCAAAAGCUCAAAAAAGCACAUAAAGGCAGCAUAAAAGUAAUCCAUAUGACUCCAGUGUUUUAAUCUGUCUUCUGAAGUGAUAUGAUAGGUGUGUGUGAGAAACAGAUCAAUAUUAAAGUUUUUUUUUUUUUUUCCUAUACAUCAGCACCUUUGACCAGCCCUGACCAGUACGUGACUGAAUGUAGACUGAAUGUGAAAGUGAAAAUAUAGAUUUACAGUUAAAAAUGACUCAAAUAUUUAUCUCACCUUAUCUUAUCAAUAUUUUAUCAAUAUUUAUCUUAAUAUGUUUCUCACCUACACCUACAGUAUAAUCAAUUCAGAAGAUAUGGAUUUAACCACUGGAGUCGUAUGGAGAUCAUUUUAAUUGUUGGGUGAACUAUUCCUUAACUUAUAUCUGUAAUGUUAGUAUUUUAAACAUGUUUUGAACAUUUCUUUCUUAACACUCAGCUGUCUGGUCAAGUAAUAAGUAAAGAUCUUUUCACACAAAAUUGGAUUAAUAAUGAAAAAAAUAAUAAUAAUAAUAAUAAUAAUAAUAAUAAAAAAAUAAAAAACAAUAAAUAAAAAAAAAUAAUAUAUAUAUAUUUCUAAAAUGAUGAGAUGCUAAACAUGCAACAUUAAGAGGUCAUGUGACAAUGUAGCCUACUACUGGUGGAAAUGUUAUUAUGGAAUACUGCUUACUGUUACACUCACUAUUUAAAUAAUAAUAAUAAUAAUAAUACAUAUAUAUAGGAAGCAGUAUGCAGUAUUUACUGCACAGUAUUUAGCAAGUAGUAAUCAUCAGUAUUAAAUUCUGAAGAUAAAAGAAAGGUACAGUCAUGUGACCUCCAUCUCUAAAUGUACACCUGUGAGACAUAUAUUAUGAAAAUAAA